AUGUAUACGGCACAUCAGUUAGUUUCUCGGGACGACUAUGACAAUUAUGACUCGGAUGAGAGUGAUGGAGAUGGCUACUCAGAAGAGUCAAACAGUGAGGACGCCAGCUCCUCAGAUAGCCAGAAUAGUAUGGAUGAGAACAAGGAGUUAGAGAGAUUUAUGAUGCUUGGGGGAAGCCAAAAUGUCACUGCAAUCAAUGAAACCAAUGGAAAAAAUGGUAAAUUGAAUGAAAUUUAUGAGUAUUAA